CAAACAAAAACAUUUGUAUGACUACCUAUUGUGAAGUAGAUAUGGCAUAUAACCAGAGUAUAUAUUGAUUGUGAUACUGAUGAUUUUGGAUAUACAGGUUUCUGUAAAGCUUCUGACCACAAGAUUAGGUACACCCAAGAUCCAAAACAAGAACUGUGUCAAAACAUUUGCAUUCAACAAAGAUAAUAGGCCUGAUGCUCUAAACAGUAUAAUGCACUGCUGAUUUUUGGGAGAACAUUUCUUCCGGGAGGUUUUCGGGAGAGGCACUGAAUUCCGGGAGUCUCCCGGAAAAUCCGGGAGGGUUGGCAAGUAUGCACAUAUGACUUCUUCCCCAGAAAUGAAAACCACUGAUGGUCAACCAGGCUAAGAUGACUGUUUUACAGUAAGUAACGUGGAAACUAUUUGAGUAGAAAAAGCUUAAAUCUUCCUGCAGAAAGCAGAUGCGAGCAAAAAAAAUUCAACUGCAGUAGAUACCUAUACUUUAUCAAAAAAAGAUUUGUUGAGUGAUAUUAAGGAUUCUGCGUCGGGCGUGUUUCCAGACAUAGUGAAUUAUUGUACUCCAGAUGUCAUUCUACACAACAAAACAGAUGAAAACUUGGAAAAGCAUGGAGGUCUACAACUUCUUGGUGUGUAACUGGGUCAAAGAAAUCGGUAUCAGGACUCUGGGAUAAAUAUACAUUGUUUUUAUCUUGAGUAAGGUUGCAUUUAAUGAUUUAAUUUGGGCAGCAAUGUUUGUUGCUUUGCUGUUACACGCACAGUUUACGAGUUUCCCCAUCUUCAACAAAAUCUAACCAUAGAUGUCAACAUUGUGAAUGUGCUGAAAUCUUCAUUUAUGAUCGUUUCCUCUGGUAAAAGCUCAACUCUUUUAGGAUUUGUUCACAUUUGGCUCGUAGGUGCUAUUGAAACACUCGUGGCAAAAAUGUGUUUUAAUAAAUUUGAAUUAUAUCAAGACAAUACUUAAAUGGGAAAUAAUAAAGGUUAAAAGUACGUCAACAAACCUUUCACAAAGAUAUCACUGCAAACUCAUGCAUUCUUCGACUCUGCUCCCUUGGACUGGAAUGUGUGCUGCUUUUCUUCUUGUUUAGUAAAAUCGUGCACUCCUCUUUUCUUUUUGACUACCUUUUAAAGAACUCUAAAGAAACGUUUAUCCUUUUCGCAAUUUAAACGUACAGCCAAAAACAACACAAGCAUAGGGCAUUUUUCUUCAAGAAAGGCUAAAUCGUGCCCAUACCCAUUGAAGACAAAGCUAGCUUGACCUUCACACAUAUUUAAUGAGCGGGACGUGAAAUGAAAAGUUCAUUUUGGUUUCAUCUGACCACAUGACAUUCUCCCAAUCCUCUGCUGUAUCAUGCAUGUACCCAUUUUGGUAUAAACCCAACUCGUCGUGUUUGGAGGAAAAGAAUACUGAGUUGCAUCCCAAGAACACCACACCUACUGUGAAGCAUGGGGGUGGAAACAUCAUGCUUUGGGGCUGUUUUUCUGCUAAAGGGACAGGACGAUUGAUCCUUGUUAAGGAAAGAAUAAAUGGGGCCAUGUAUCGUGAGAUUUUGAGCCAAAACCUCCUUCCAUCAGUGAGAGCUUUGAAUGGUUGACCAAAUACUUAUUUUCCACCAUAAUUUACAAAUAAUUUAAAAUUCCUACAAUGUGAAUUACUGGAUUUUUUUUCACAUUCCGUCUCUCACAGUUGAAGUGUACCUAUGAUGAAAAUUACAGACCUCUGUCAUCAUUUUAAGUGGGAGAACUUGCACAAUCGGUGGCUGACUAAAUACCUUUUUGCCUCACUGUAUUUGUAAAUUGCAAUCAGUGAAUAUGUUGAAGAAUGAGGGCUUUGCUUUUCAUUUCCAAGUGUCCGUAAAGGCAUCUCACUUGUUGAGUGACUCAAGCCACAUGAGAUCGGUAGGUCGUGAGUUCAAACCCCGGCCGAGUCAUACUAAAGACUUUAAAAAUGGGACCCAUUACCUCCCUGCUUGGCAUUCAGCAUCAAGGGUUGGAAUUGGGGGUUAAAUCACCAAAAACUAUUCCCGGGCGCGGCUAGGGCUGCUGCUCGCUGCUCCCCUCACCUCCCAGGGUGUGAUCAAGGGUGAUGGGUCAAAUGCAGGGAAUAAUUUUGCCACACCUAAUGUGUGGGUGACAAUCAUUGGUACUUUAACUUUAACUUUAGCAUGCAUUGGUGAAGUGUAAAACUCCCUGUCACAGUACAUUCCAGUGCAAUGCAAAUGUAGUACGUUACACCAGGAGGUGGCGCACUUGCCACUCGAUCAAGCCUAUGUGGAUAUGACGACUGAACGAACACCUACACCAAUCAUGACAAGUUCAUUAAAAUGACAAAAUGUUCAAGGAGCUGGAAUGACAAUUCUAACGAGAUUAUGUGGGUGUGUGAACGCAUGAGCGAGUGAAUGCGGGCAUCAGACGGUGGGCCAAGUCUGCGGUUCAGCACACAGCGCCACUGUGCAGGUUGCAGCGCACAUCGGUGACCCUUCCGGCAAAGCAGCUCCAAGAAUCGAGCACCAGCCGCACUCAUGGCUCAUGAAGGAGCACACAUGACAGAGGAAAGCGAGUGCAUGAUCGGCAGAGACGUUGGCAAGAAGCAGGGAAGCGUGCAUGAAUCCUGCGGGAAUGUUAAAGAGAUGCGGGCGGUGGUGCUGUCAGGCUUCGGGGGGCUCAACAAACUCCGCGUGACGAAGAAGCCAAUGCCCGAGUGUAAGCCUGGUGAAGUGAAGAUCCGCGUCAAAACAUGUGGUUUAAAUUUCCUGGAUUUGAUGGUCCGUCAGGGAACUAUUGACUGUCCUCCGAGGGCACCUCUUGUUCCGGGCUUCGAAUGCUGCGGAAUCGUGGAGUCCGUGGGUGAAACCACAAAGGGAUUUGAGAUAGGUGACAGAGUCAUGGCGUUUGUCAACUACAACGCCUGGGCAGAAGUUGUCUGUGCUCCAGAGGAGUUUGUGUACAAAAUGCCCGACGAAAUGACUUUUGCGGAGGCCGCGGCGUUCGCUCUGAACUUUGUUGCUGCCUACAUGAUGCUCUUUGAGCUGGCCAACCUCCGAGAGGGCAUGUCAGUGCUUGUGCAUUCAGCUGGGGGUGCUGUUGGCCAAGCUGUGGCUCAGCUGUGUUCCACUCUACCUAAUGUCACCGUCUUUGGCCUGGCCUCAAGUUUCAAACACGCCGCCAUCAAGGACUCGGUGACUCAUCUAUUUGACAGAAAUGCUGAUUACAUACACGAAGUCAAAAAGAUAUCUCCAGAGGGAGUAGACAUUGUGUUGGAUUGUCUGUGUGGGGAAAACACAGGGAAAGGCCUCAGUCUGCUGAAACCAUUGGGAACAUACAUCCUCUAUGGCGCGUCAAAUAUGGUAACCGGGGAGACAAAGAGUUUCUUCAGCUUUGCAAAAUCCUGGUGGCAGGUGGAGAAAGUGAAUCCUAUUAAACUGUAUGAGGAGAACAAAGUCAUGGCAGGAUUCUCGCUCCUCAACCUGCUCUUCAAACAGGGAAGGUCCCGUUUGGUGAAAUUAGUGAUGGACAAACUUUUGUGUCUCUACGACCAAAAAAAGAUAAAGCCAGUGGUGGACUCUUUGUGGGCUCUGGAGGAGGUUAAAGAGGCCAUGCAGAGAAUUCAUGACAGAGGAAAUAUUGGGAAACUAAUUUUGGAUGUCGAGAAGUCACCUACUCCCUUGAUGGCCAGUGACAGCACUGAGACCAGUGAAGCGGGGGAAGAGGAAGAGGAGCCCGAGGGGGACAAUGACAACAAAGAGCGCAUGCCUUUUAUCCAUUAGACCCGACCUGACAGGCUAUGAGCUUCACCUUGUAGUGUCACAGUCCCAGAGUAGUGCCGUCCGUGUGCAUGUCAUGUACUUUUGGAAGUAUAUUCAUUUUAUUUGUUUUUACUUCAGAAUCUUUUGCGUACUUGGUCGACUAUGAGAACUGCAUGAAGGAAUGUCUGUUUUUGUUUGUUGUUUUUUUUUGUUUCACAAUUAUUUGAAACUGAGCUACAUCUAGAGAAAACAAUUACCUCAAUACACUAUGAUAGAAUAUGCAACUUGGCCCAAAGACCUGCUGUAAUCAUAGAAGAUCAAUUGUAUAAAAAAAAUUCCUUGUUAAUGACCAAUGAUACGUCACAUUAUUUUUUACAGUAGGUGCCAAUCCUGUUUUAUUACGGGAUCACUUGUGCCUUUGAGUGCGUAAUACUUGAAACAUGUUCCGUAAUGUCAGGCUAGACGUGAAGAACCUAACAAAAGAGAAAUUUAUUCAUGAUAUGAUGAAAUAUGUAUUUUAUUUCACAACUCUUACUAAAAUGUUUUAUAUUUAUUUUAGUGCUGUCAUAUGAUUACAUAUUUUAAUCAAAUGAAUCACACUUUUAAUAUGGAUUAAUCAUUAUUAAUCACAGGUUCUUACUCAAUUGCAUAAUUUUUAUUAACUUCAAAAAUAUUUGGACACAAAUCCAAGAAUAACUUUUUUUUAGGUUUUAGUUUAAUGCACUUAAUUUAUUUCCUCAAAAUCUAGCAACAGUUUGAUCUAAAGUCCUUGUCAGUGUGUAUACCAGGGGUCACCAACCCGCGGGCACCAGGUAGCCCGCAAGGAGCAGAUGAGUAGCCCGCUGGCCUGUUCUAAAAAUAGCUCAAAUAGCAGCACUUACCAGUGUGCUGCCUCUAUUUUUUAAAUUGUAUUUAUUUACUUGCAAGCUGGUCUCGCUUUGCUCGACAUUUUUAAUUCUAAGAGAGACAAAACUCAAAUAGAAUAUGAAAAUCCAAGAAAACUUGGUCUUCACUUGUUUGAAUAAAUUCAUUUAUUUUUUUACUUUGCUUCUUAUAACUUUCAGAAAAACAAUUUUAGAGACGAAAUACAACCUUAAAAAUUAUUUUAAGAUUUUUAAGCACAUAUACCUUUUUACCUUUUAAAUUCCCUCCUCUUCUUUUCUGACCAUUUAAAUCAAUGUUCAAGUAUUUUUUUUUUUAUUGUAAAGAAUAAUAAAUACAUUUUAUUUUAAUUCUUCAUUUUAGCUUCUGUUUUUUCGACGAAGAAUAUUUGUGAAACAUUUCUUCAAACUUAUGAUUAAAAUUCAAAAAAAUUACUCUGGCAAAUCUAGAAAAUCUAUAGAAUCAAAUGUAAAUCCUAUUUCAAAGUAUUUUAAAUUUAUUUUAAAAUUUUUGUUCUGGAAAAUCUAAAAGAAAUAAUGAUUUGUCUUUGUUAGAAAUAUAACUCGGUCCAAUUUGUUACAUAUUAUAAAAAAAAGUGCAGAUUGGAUUUUAAGCUAUUUAAAACAUGUCAUCAAAAUUCUAAAAUUAUUCUUAAUCAGGAAAAAUUACUAAUGAUGUUCCGUAAAUUAUUAUUAUUUUUUUCCAAAAAGAUUCAAAUUAGAUAGUUUUUCUCUUGAUUUUUUUCGUUUGAAUUUUGACUUUCUAACAGUCAAAAUUGAAUAUAAACUAUGCUUCAAAAUUUAAUGUUCAUUUUUUUCGUGUUUUCUCCUCUUUUAAACCGUUCAAUUAAGUAUUUUUUUCAUCAUUUAUUCUUUACAAAAAACCUUCCGUAAAAGGAAAAAAAAUGUAAGAUGGAAUGACAGACAGAAAUACCCAUUUAUAUAUAUAUACUGUAUAUAUUUAUUAAAGGUAAAUUGAGCAAAUUGCACAUUUCUGGCAAUUUAUUUAAGUGUGUAUCAAACUGGUAGCCUUUCGCAUUAAUCAGUACCCAAGAAGUAGCUCUUGGUUUCAAAAAGGUUGGUGACCCCUGGUGUAUACAGUAAGAAAAAUCUGCCAGCGAGCACACCAGUCAGAGUCUCCUCACUGAUUUUUGCAGUGACUUAUGUAAUGACCUGACCCUGACCGUAUAACAACAUGCUCCGCCUUUUAGGCAACCAUCCACAGUUAAGGUAAAACAAUCUCUAGUCUGUGCAUAUACAUGAUAAAUUGCGAUUAUUUUUUUGUAAUUAUUGUCAUGAAUUAACUUGUUAAUUUUGACAGUCCUAAUUUAUUUCCAAGUUACAAAUAUGGUAAUGUUUUUUGACAUUGUGGCCUUAACAGGACUUUAUUUGUGUUUCAAAAGGUACAUUUUAUAAUCUGUUUCAGCACAAACUUGUGAAAUGGAAACAAAUUGAAAUGCAUGGGAUGCUUUCGUCCACUCAGACUUUUUUUUACCUGUCUGACCAAAGUUACUUCUACUUGCUGGUGCCUGAAAACAAAUGUGCCCUAAUAUUUUUAGAAUAAACAUCGCUGCAAAAUAGAAAAUAGACAUUUUUAACCGACCCAACUCUACUCAGAUGAGGUAUGCCACUUUUGCAGAACUGACAUAACUAACUUAAGCCACAGUAUUCUUAACACCUUCAAAAUUUAUUCAAAUCAGAUCCAUCAUAGAAAGGAAUAUUUGUUAUAAUCAGAAAAUAGCUAUUUAUUCAGUAGUCACUUGAAAUUACUCUAAGUAUCAUGUAUUUAUAUUAGGGAUGUAAAGGUAUCAACAUCUCAUGGUACAAAAUUGUCUCGAUAUUCAGCCCACUAUUAUUGUGGUAUGUGUCCAAAAAAAAAAAAAGACUUGGCAUAGUGUGUAAAAUGAAGUGGCAGGAAUGUUUAGGAUAGACACAAUUACUGUAAUUCAACACAGACGUAAUGCUCAAAUGUUCUAAUCAAAUGUAUCACUCCAAAAAAGUAUAUAUGUAUAUUUUUUUAAAUAUACUUUGAGUUAGGUGUCUUUUAACUGACAAUAUAACUAUCCAGUGUAACAAAAUGUUAUUGUUUUGUAAACACAUAUGUAUGUAUAUAUAUAUAUAUAUAUAUAUAUAUAUACACAUACACACACACACAUACAUAUAUAUAUAUAUAUAUAUAUAUAUAUACAGAUCUAUAUAUAGAUAUAUAUAUGCAUAUGUGUAUCUAUAGAUAUAUAUCUAUGUAUAUAUAUGAAGUGAAGUAUAUUUAUUUAGCUCUUUUCUCAAGUGACUCAAAGCGCUUUACAUAGUGAAACCCAAUAUCUAAGUUACAUUUAAACCAGUGUGGGUGGCACUGGGAGCAGGUGGGUAAAGUGUCUUGCCCAAGUACACAACGGCAGUGACUAGGAUGGCUGAAGCGGGAAUCGAACCUGCAACCCUCAGGUUGCUGGCACGGCCACUCUACCAACCGAGCUAUACCGCCAA